UUCCAUUCCAUUCAAAUUUGUGGAAGCACUGAAUGAAGUUAAUGUAGGGACAGAUUGUCUCGACUUAUUACACCGAGGCUUCAACUCAACCGGGGUUUAUGACAUUGACCCUGACGGCAAAGGUGCUUUCCAAGUACUUUGCGACCAAGAAACAAACGGUGGUGGAUGGAUUGUUUUUCAAAAGCGAUUCAAUGGAACUGUUGACUUUGAAAGAAAUUGGGUUGAAUAUAGGGAGGGCUUUGGAAAUUUUUUCACUGAAUUCUGGCUUGGAAACGAAAAGCUGCACCGUCUCACAAGCUCCAUGAAUCAUCAGCUCCUUGUGGAAGUAGAAGCCUUUUCUGGAGAGAAAGCACAUGCGAGCUACGAAACAUUCACCGUUGAUUCCGAGAGUGACAAAUACAGACUUUUCGUGGAUGGAUAUUUUGGUACAACUGGAGGAACAGACUCACUUGGUCCGAGACACAGCAACAAAAUGUUCACCACCUCCGAUAGUGAUAAUGACAGAAAAGAUACAGAAAACUGUGCCGUGCUUUGGCAAGGGGGAUGGUGGUUUGACGAUUGCUUAUUUGCAUUUCUUAAUGGCCCGUACAAUCCUACCGAAAGAAAUUGGGGUAUACUAUGGGAAAAGUGGAAAUCGGAACAGCUGAAACAAGCAGCAAUGAAAACACGUGCAAAUAGAGAGCGACCCGUGGACUAUUAUCUUAGUUUCCCUGGUUCUUACCCUCAAGAUUUUUCAUCAGUUUCGAUCGUGUUGGAAUUUAAAGAAUUGACUGUCUCAUGGUGGAUCAGAGGACCGCCAACUCAAAAUUGGUCAGCAGUGUUUUCAAUAGCACAUUCUCAAGAAGAUAGAAAAGUGGCAUUCCUAUACCAGGAGGAUCGACAGUGUAAAGUCAUUACGGAAGGCGACGAACGGGAAUUUACUACUAGUCACGCGUUUGUUGAUUCUAAGUGGCAUCUCGUGGUAUUCGUGUGGGAGGUUACAACAGGCCAGUUCCGUCUGCAUGUCGAUGACAAAGUUGAAUAUAACGGGCAAACGUUUCAAAUUUCGUCAACAUUCUCUGGCGGUCAUCUCAUCCUUGGACAAUCGCAAAAUAGUUAUGGUUCCAUACUGGAAGGCAGAGCUAUGAGAGCCGAUAUCAUGCAUUUCAACAUGUGGGAACGUAUGUUUACAGAAGCAGAGGCGUUGGAGCUAUAUCUAGAUUGCAACGUAAGAUUGGGAAAUCUUGUUCAAUGGCCAGAGAUAAACAUAGCCUUUCGUGGUAAUGUUACAAGGACUCCAUUUGUCAGGUGUCUUCCUAAAGCUAAUUAUGACUGGCCACUCGCGAGUGUUAACAACGCCAAAAGACUUGAGGAUCAGAUCACAUCUAAGACUUCGAUCAUCAAUGUAGCUGAUAAUUAUAGGCACACAUACCUCGGUGUCCUCACUCGAACAGGAAAUGUGGGGGUCUACCUGGCUUCUUAUCCAGGAGAGUGUUUGGGUUACCUUAACAAUUGUUCCAAUGGUCUUUCUGUCAGUUUUUGGAUGAAUUACAACGCACUCUUCGUUUCCUACAUUCUGGGGCUGAGGAACGAAUAUUACGAUGUUUUGAGGAUGUGGGUUGGACUUCCGAUGACUCAAACUGCCCGCUGGGAGCCUUGCUAUAGAGCUAUCCAUGACGGUUUUGGCGCACAGACGUUUCACGAAAAUUGUCCGAAUCAUGCAGUGACAGUGACUUUAGUUAAAGUUGGAAAGUACGUUUUCGGUGGUUUUGCAGACCAGAGAUGGGGUGGGACAGGAGGAAACUCGCAAUACCUUUGGAGUGGACGUGCCUUUUUGUUCAGUCUUGUCAAUCCUGCUGGCUUACAACCUGUUAAACUUGAUAUUAAACCUGAUAAGUUUGACAAAGCUCUGCUACAAGAUCCACAGGCAGGACCAGUAUUUGGAGAGAACGACGUUUUCAUUGGUAACAAUGCAGACCAGUCAGCGGUAUCUUUCAGUGAUCUUGGGCAUGCGUACGAGCUUCCCAGUGUCUCAUAUCAAGCCGGUACAAUCAGUGCUAGACGGUUUUUAGCAGGAAGCUACAAGUUUAUCCCAGAUGACAUAGAGGUGUUUUUCUACAAUAUUAACGCUAAGAAGCUCUCCAGUUCUACAUUUACCGCGAACAACACUUAUGAAAACCUUACUUAUGCCCCAUUUCGGGCUCGUCCUUCGAGCCCUAACCCAUGGUGUGCCAACGCCAACUCAGGUGGGCAGUAUCUACAAAUUGACUUGAUGACGCAACAAAGUGUUGGAAAAAUUGAGCUGGUGAAACACAAAAGCGAUACCAAAUAUGUUAAGAAAUAUCAGGUCAUGUACAAAGUCCAUGGUGGAGGCAACUGGAAAAAGUACAAUAAUUCAGAGGUAUUGGACGGGCAAAAUCCUGCAUUAGUUAGUUUACCUUCUGCCAGAUACAUUCGACUAUAUCCUAAAUCGUGGCAAGAGGAUAUAUGUAUGCGUGUUCGGCUUUACAAAGAACAAGGGGGCAAUUACACUGAUCUUGGCGUCGACGACCCAUCAGCUAUUCCAGAUGAUAGCUUCAGAGCAAGGUCCUGGCUUUGUUGUAGCACACCACAUCUUGGUAAGUUCGAGAGUAUGGAGAAGUGCCACGCGGCAUGGUGUGGUCAGGGUCCUUCAACAUGGCUUCAAAUCAAUUUUCAGAGCAAGCAAAUGCUCGUCAAGAUGGCCACAAGAGGGCCUCAGCAAGGGAAUCCAGUAGCAUCCUUUUACAUAGAAUACAGCCACGAUGGUGCAACAUGGUUGAACUACACUGAGGGAGGGGUCAGACGGAUAUUCUAUGGAAACUGGGAUACAACGUGGGUUUAUUAUCACUUCCUUCCUCACCUUGAGACUCAGUUUCUUAGAAUUAUACCCCAGAACUGUGGUUCCAUUUGCUGCCUAAACGUAGAUUUAUGGAUUCCAAAAGAUGUCAUAGGCUACAUUAUAGCAUCGUUCAAUGAAAGCACAUUCGGAGAGGGCUUCGCCGUAUAUCACAAAUACGUUGCCGCAACAGGAAACUCAUCCUAUCAUCUUCGGUUCGCAACAACGCAAAAAAUAUGGUCCAUGGAACUUCACCGAACCCCCGCUGUCCCCUUUCGCUGGGUCCACGUUACGAUCACUUGGAGCGAAGCUUGGGGACUAAAUUAUUACGAGGAUGGAAGACUCGUCCAGAAAACAAUGACGUUUGAAGUGUAUGAAAAUGGAAGCAAUCCUUAUGAUUAUGUGGUCAUCGGUAAAGCUCCUAAGACUGCAAUUGCGGGUUUACAACCUUCUCUUCAGCUCUCUGAACUAAUCUUCCGGUAUUCAUAUUUAACAAGCGAAGCAGUCAAAGAAAGCGUCAAUCUGUCAGACCUAAACAGUAUCUUUUGGUAUAAGCAAUCGACGUUGGACUUUGAUUGGCAGCAGCUACAGACAGACUGUACUCCCAGUAACGACACUGGACCAUGUCACGGAGAGACAGCCGAGAAAUUUAUGUUCAUCGAAGCGUCCCUCCCGCAACAGAAAGGCGAUGUGGCUUGGCUUGUCACACGCCCUACGGUGCCUACAAGAAAUUGCUUCACAUUUUGGUAUCACAUGCAUGGAAAUACCACAGGAAGACUAAACUUGUACCUAAGAACUCAUGACAGAGAGGCUAAAGUACUCAUUUGGAGACUUGCUGGUUCUCGCGCCAAUGCAUGGAAGAGAGGACAGAUUCCUAUCUUUCAGAGAUAUUCAUAUCAGAUUCUAAUAGAAGGAGUUGUUGGCGGUUACCUUGGGGAUAUUGCAGUCAGUGAUCCAGUGCUAAGUGUGAAUGGUAGUUGUUCCUAUUUGCCGGAAGAGGCUCGACCUCUGAAGAACGUUUCAGAAUGCCGUUCUACUCUUGGCAUGGAAAGUGGUGCAAUAUCUGACGGGCAAAUCACCGCUUCUUCCGCUACCUCUUCUGCGCAUGCCUAUCGGGGUAGACUUAGCUUUCAAAACACAGAUAGCCAAUCAGGUGCUUGGUCAGCUUCUGUUACAGAUGAAAACCAGUGGCUACAAAUUGACAUGGGGGGUACUUAUUACACCACGGUAACUCGUGUGGCAACUCAGGGAAGGAAUGGCUUGGCCGAAUGGGUAACGAAGUACAAAUUACAAUACAGUUACAAUGAAGUGGACUUCAAGUAUUACAAGGAGCAGGAUAGAUUUACAGAUAAGGAAUUCACUGGUAACAUGGACUCUGACACUAUCGUGUCACAUGACCUAACUCCACCAAUUGUGUCGCGUUAUGUCCGGUUCCGCAUAUUAACAUGGUCUGGCGGGAUAGCUAUGAGAGUGGAACUGUACGGAUGUCAAACAGAAUGCCAGUCAGCUCUUGGUAUGGAAAGUGGUGCAAUUUCCGAUAUGCAGAUUAGAGCCUCCUCAGAAUAUUCAGCGGAUCAUGCCGCCAUUCAGGCCAGACUGAAUUAUAACGUCCCUGGCAAAACUGGAAGUUGGUCAGCUCUCACAAUUGACAAAAACCCAUGGCUGCAGAUCGAUCUCUUAAGUCGUUUUGCUAAAGUUACUCGAGUGGCAACACAAGGACGCAGAGAUUACGAUCAGUGGGUGACAAAAUACAAUCUAAAGUACAGCGUAAAUGGAUUAAACUUUCUCUACUAUCGUGAGUCAGAAAAAAGAAACGACAAGGUUUUCGCUGGAAACACAGACAGAAAUACCAUUGUAUCACAUGACCUUAAGCCACCAAUUACAGCACGUUUCUUUCGUUUUCUUCCCUUACAUUGGUCUGCUCAUAUAUCGAUGAGAGUUGAGCUAUAUGGAUGUCAUGUUAUAGAAACCCUCUCCGCUCUUGGCAUGGAAGGCGGUGAAAUCUCUGACAGACAGAUCAGUGCCUCUUCAGAAUACGACACCCGAUUAGACGCCAGUCAAAGUAGACUGAACACUCAACCAAGUGCAGGCAAGCUUGGCUCUUGGGCAGCUGCCUCCAAUGAUGUGCAUCAGUGGCUCCAGGUUGACCUUGGAGUUUACAGUAUAGUGACGCGCGUCUCGACACAAGGCAGAAGUGAUUACAACCAAUGGGUGACGAAGUACAAAUUGAAGUAUGGUCACCAUCCAGCGACCCUUUAUUUCUACAAGAGAUCAUAUCACAAUGAUGCUGAGGAAUUUUUUGGAAACACAAACAGAGAUACUGUUGUUUCACAUGACCUCAGUCCACCCAUCACAGCCCGCUACGUCCGUUUCCUUCCAUUACAGUGGUCUGAUCAUAUAUCAAUGAGGGUGGAACUGUAUGGAUGUCAUGAAACUGUCUGUGAUCUGCCUUGUUUGGAAGGGCAAUUCUGUGAUGAGGUUUUAGGACAAUGCGUUUGUGACCCGACAAUGAGAGGCGAGGAAUGGUGCAGAACACGACAAAGAUUUUCGCCUUUACCGAUUGACCAACUGCUCGAAUCAGCUGCUUUUUACUGGACUAUGGAUAACUACAGGAACAUUUACAACGUUAUGGGAUCUGACUAUGGCGUCGCCCCAGUUAAUGCUACCACAAUAAAAGGAAUAAGAGGCAAAGCUGUGAAGGUUUAUGGAGGCAGCAGCGCCUUUACACUGAAUGAAGGUCUCCCACCUAACGAAUGUCUGUUUAACACCUCUCAGUGCACAAAUGGGUUCACACUUAUGCUUUGGCUGUGGUAUAGACACAAAGAUUCAAGACAAGUUUUUCUUGAUUCGAGCAGUGGUAGCUAUACAGGUCACAAAAUGUUUCAAACAGAUUCUAGUUCUCCUCAAGUGGCUUUCCAGAUUGUUAGUUCCAACAAAAAUUGUAAAGUUGUCUUUCCAACGCCAAAAGAGAUAUGGACACACUAUACGUUAAGUUACACUUCCACCGACGAUUUAGGAAAUAUAAAGGUUUUCCUAAAUGGAGGAGAAGUCGAAGACUUUGCUUUCGAAGGUUGCAGUGAUGGGAGCUUUGGUGUUAGCGAUGCGACCCGGAUGUCUAUCGGAGAUCCUCAAGGUCAGCUUCCUGAAGCAGCUUUCGAUGAAAUAAUCAUUUGGUACAGAAGCCUGACCAGUGCAGAUAUUGCCACAGCGUAUGAUUACUACAAAGGAGAUGCUAACUUAUUGCUUCUCGCUAACCUUCAUUUGACGGGUCGUGCUUGGAAAGCAAACCUACUGGACCACGAAUCAGAGACUUAUAAAAACUGGACGAAAGCAAUGACAAAUCAAAUGCAAUCACUGUAUCAUAACAAGCCAGGCUAUCGCAGUGUUACUGUUUACAAAUACUGGGAGGCUUCGGGAGCAGCAGGUUGCGAGUUUGCUUUACAUUUUACCGACAGAGGGUACAGUGCAGUAGAACCGUUCAUAAACUGGCUCUCAACAACUCCAUACCAGAUUAAUAAUCUUGAAGCCAAUGACAUAUUCAUAACCGCGGUAAGUCUUCAUGCUCAAAGUUUCAUCAAGGAACGUUCAAUCGACUUGAAUAUCAUGUGGAACGGACCAACAGAACUUAACCAUGGAAUAUUCCAAGGUUAUGAACUAUUUUAUCAGGACACAACUCUUGGUAAUGAGAGUAAAGUGAUUCUGAGAACAACCGGCGAUACCUUUUACGUGAUACAGAAUUUGGUGCCCUACACGAAGUAUUUGAUCACCGCUCGGAGCUUCACUUUGGAGGGCGACGGGAAAAUGAGUGAGCCUUUGUCUAUUUGGACCGCACCACUAGCUCCUACACAGUCUCCCACUAACAUUGCUGCAUUCAAGUUAAACUCUACGAGUCUUCAGGUCACAUGGACUAAAAUUCCCGCUGACCAGGUUGGUGGGGUCAUAAUAGGAUACAGGGUCGUCUUCAAUGAGGUAAACAAUGGAAACAGCUCCUUGCAGAGUACUGUCCUGUGUGGGGGCAUGAAUCAAACGGUUCUGACAAAUCUACAGAUUUUUACCAACUUCAGUAUUCGUAUUCUUGGUUUUACAUGGGAGGACAAGUUAGGACCAGUCAGUGAUCCAGUUUAUGCCAUGACAGAUGAGGAUGUUCCGACCCUUCCCCCGUCUAAUGUACCUGCGCAAGUGAUCAAUUCCAGCAGCAUCAUUGUCCGCUGGGAUCCAGUCCCUGUUGAAGGAAGAAACGGCAUCAUGCUCGGUUACGAGGCUUGGUACAGAAAAAUAGUUUUGCCGCCUGUUUGGAAGAGGAUGGAAUCUUGUGGUGUGUACUGGUGUGAGGCAACAAAUCUUGAAAUGGACAAUCCCUACCGCAUCAGUGUCAGAGGUUUCACAGUGAAAGGAGCAGGGCCUUUUGCAUCAGUGGAAGCCAUAACUGAGAAGAACGUUCCACGCCAGCCUCUAACGAACCUCACAGCGCACAACACAAGCUCCACAAGUAUCCUGGUCACGUUAUACCCAGUCCCCUUAAAUGAAUCAAAUGAGCCAAUAAUAGCAUUUGAAUUGAUCCUGUCAACCGCUGACAACUCAAGCGAGAACGAGACGAUUACCGCCAUAUUAGGAAAUUGUGAAAACACCACCAAGAUAACUCACCAUCAGACCAAUCUGCAGGAGUACACAGCAUACAGCAUCAGUGUAGCCGGUGUGACCAAGAAAGGAUUUACACAAUCCACUCACAAAAUAACUGUUUUUACGGACGAAGACGCUCCAAGUGAACCACCUUCAAACGUCACAGGCGUGGUUCCAAGUUCCACGUCUCUGACACUAGACUGGAAACCAGUUGACCCUCUGCACAUUAACGGUGUCCUGCGUGCCUACGUCAUUACCUACUUUGUCACAAAUUCUCCGCAUGUCACGCGUCAAAACAUCUCCAUACCUGUCACAAGUGGUCGAAAAAGACGGGCUAUCAGUGACCCUUCCUCGCAGAGCUACGAGUUGAGUGGAUUGAAAAAGUACACGACGUACACAAUACAGGUCAUGGCAUAUACUGUUGACUAUGGAGUGCCAAGCGACGAAGUGAAUCUUACUACAGCACAAGAUGUUCCCAGUAGGUCACCAACGAAUGUGACUGCCUUCAACACAAGUUCCACUGCCAUCAACGUCACGUGGCUUCCUGUCCCUGACGAUCACGCGAAUGGCAUAGUUUUGGGAUAUCUUAUACUUUACAGAGAGGCAAACAAACCUUUUGAACAAUUAAAAAAUAUUUCAAUGUGCGCACGUCUCCUUGAAGUAGAAAUAACAGGUUUAGAAUUCUUCACGAAUUACGAGAUUCGAGUCUUAGCAUAUACAAUCGUUGGAGAAGGAAACAUUUCGCAUCCUGUGUUCUGCAUGACAGAUGAGGAUGUCCCAGAAGGUGCACCUGUCAACCUGUCAACUCUUCCUGCUAACACGACAGCGAUAACAGUUAAGUGGCUUCCAGUCGCUGAAGAGGAUAGAAAUGGCUACAUAUUGGGUUACUGGGUCUCCAUAAGCAACAUCACUGGUGAAUUUAUCAAAAAUGUUAGUGUUUAUGGCUCUGAUAUGCUGACGAUCUUGGGAGGACUGGACAUCUGGACAAAUUAUAGCGUCCAGGUUCGCGCGUUCAAUGUAAAAGGAAAUGGUCCCUGGAGUGAAACGGCACGAGGAAUAACUGACGAAGAAGCUCCGCGUGUUGCUCCAUCAAACGUCACCGCGUUUAACACAAGAUCAACAAGUCUUCGUGUCACGUGGCAGCCAAUAAGCACGCAGGGUCUAAGAGGCAUUUUGAGGGCUUACCGCGUGUAUUACAUCGAAAAAGAAACCUACUUUAUACGAUCUCUAAGAAAUGUGACAGUAGACCGCAACACUUUAGAAGUGGAGUUGGUUGAUCUAUACAAGUUCACAAACUACUCUGUGUACGUUGUGGCAAGAACGAACAAAGACGGAGUGAGCAGCGAGAAAGUUAAUAUUUCGACAGACGAAGACACACCUGGCCGAGCACCAGUGGACGUGGUGGUCGGGACACCUCAUUCAACAUCCAUUCAUGUAAGCUGGAAUGAAGUGCCCAAUGGUUACAAAAAUGGGAUAAUCAGAGGAUACAAAAUUAAUUACACAGAACCACAGCAAAACGCUCCCGUUGUGACAGAAGACAUACCACCUUUUGAACGCUCGCUAAGUAUCACGGGACUAAAGAAGUUCACAUUGUACAACAUAACCGUUUUGGCGUACACAAGUAAAGGGGAUGGUGUACCAACUAGCACAGCUAUCAUGACAGAUCAAGAUGUUCCUGAUGUUGCACCCCUUAACGUAAGAGCUGUCAGUACAUGGACUACUAAUACAAUCCCACUCAGUUGGACACACAUUCCAAAUCACUUACUCAACGGAAUUCUCACUGGAUACAGGAUACGUUACGAGGCGAUAGAAAUGGGGGAAUACCCUUACGAGGAAACCCCUAGGGAAGUGAUCCUUCCCCCAGGAACUGUAUCCACCACGCUCACAGGGCUGGAGAGCUUCACUGUCUAUCUUAUCGAGAUAACUGGACUAACAGUCAAAGGGGAUGGGCCCAGUGAAGUCCUUUUUGCAGAAACUUGCCGAUGCAGGGAGCGUCUAACAACGAACUGGAUGGUACUUGAUCCUUAUGUUACCCCGUCAAAAUCAACGACGCAACGACCAGGAGGCCUUCUGCCACGCUUUGUAGACGACAUGGCAGUCACCUGCUGCCAGACCUGCAAGACUCACGGAGAGUCUUACGUCGACUUUGAAUUCAACGGACAAGAAGAACGUGCUUUGCAACACACGGAAGAAGCUCUGAGGUUGAACAUACUCCACGCAACUGACUUGACUUUCCCUGUGUACGGAUACAAGUUACAGGACAACUUCAGACAUGAGUUUGGCUACACGGGGAUAGUGGAAUCCCCCGGGAUUGCUUACGUAAUAAAUACUAAUUAUGGUAACAAGACUCCUACAUCUCUGGUACAUGCUGUUUUCGCCUGCUGGCCGUUAGCUCUACUGGGGAUCUUACUGGCUUAUAUCUUUGGAUUUAUGAUGUGGGCUCUGGAUCAGGCACAGAACACCGAACACUUUCCUCGCUCGUUCUUCUCCGGAAUUUGGGAAGGAUUUUGGUGGGCGUACGUUUCCAUGACAACUGUAGGUUAUGGAGAUCGCACUCCCUUAUCAAACGUGGGCAGGAUCGUGGCUAUAAUUUGGACAUUGGCGGGUGUGGUCAUCAUCGGUAUUUUGGUUGGUUUCAUUGCUGUGUCGCUGACAAGUGUAUCCGUUGGUGUGGACUACAAACUAUAUGGAGCAAAUAUCUCUGCCAUCUACGGUUCUGCAGAAUACAAUUUGGGAUUGAGAAGGAACGCUAAAUUUGACAAAGAAAAGAAACACCGAAAUUUCGAGGAUAUCUACGAGCUUCUCUCAUCAAAUCAAAUCAGCGGUGUUCUCAUCGAUGGCUACGUGGUUGGGAGCAAAAAGCAUCUCUUCGAGAAACCAUUCCUGAGAAUUUACAGAAUUUACGAUUAUUCCUCUGUGUAUGGUGUGGUGACCGCAGGCAACUCGACAAAACUUGGCAAAUGUUUCCAUGACUACAUACAACAGAAUACUGCCUUGAUUUUCCAAUAUGUAGCAGACAAUGUAGAGGCGAUACAGGAGUCUCCUGAACCAUUAGAGGUGGAACGUUCCACAGGUGUGUUUGACAGCAGUAACCAGUUAUUCAGGCAAAACCUGAUGAUCCUCUCAGGGGCUCUGGGCGUCGGUAUUCUGUUAGGUGUAAUAUGGGAAAUCAUCAAUCGUGUGCGAAAAAGAUCGAGAAUACGACCUCAAGACAACACACAAGUAUACCUGCUGUCUACAGAGAUAAGACAAAUGUUUGCGGACUUUAAAUCCCAGAUUUUCAAGUUGGCCCUGGAAUUGAAAGAAAAGCACAGAUUACAACGGCAACACCUUUUGACUGCGAAGAAGAGCUGUAGUAAAUAUCGAUAUGAACAACUGAAAUCAGCGACAAGAAAUUCUGCCGAAGAGAGAUGUGAAAACGAACACCUCACCAGUGGAAUAGUUAUGGGACCGCGAAUGUUUCAGAAAGUUAUAAGUGAACAGGAAAACAUGCGGGAACAAAGUCCUGACCCUAGGCUAAUAGAAAAUUUAGCCCCUUUUCAUGUCACAGGGGGAAAGGGUGAAAGCAAAGCAUAACCACGUGAGCACUAAAUGCUAG